GCAGAGUGUGGCGAUGGAGACAGCAGCAAUGGGAGGCCGUACAGGGACCCAUGAGAGACUCUGGACCUGGCAGCAGCAUGAGGAGUCGGUACGGGGGCCCAUGGCAGAUUACGGGCCUGGCAGCAGCAAUGGGAGGCCCGUAAUCUGCCAGCACCCUAUGACAAAAUGGAACCCACCAGCAGUGUGAGGAGACCUGAAAGUGGCACAUGGCAGAGUGUGGCGAUGGAGACAGCAGCAAUGGGAGGCCGUACAGGGACCCAUGAGAGACUCUGGACCUGGCAGCAGCAUGA